CUGGUUUUAGUAGAAAUUUAUAUGUUCUCGCGCAGAGCGUUGUUGAUGUUUUUAAUUUAUCAGUUUAUUUCCCCAAGGAUAAUUUUUAUUUUAUUGUGAUGAAGUGAAGUAAGGUGAAAACGAUACAAAAAUGUCUCUCGAAAUUCCUUUGAUGAGCACGGAUGAGGUGAUUGAGCUGGAUCCAGAGCAAUUGCCGUCUGGAGAUGAGGUGCUCAGUAUUUUGCAACAAGAGCGCUCACAGCUCAAUGUGUGGAUCAAUGUUGCUCUUGCAUAUUACAAACAAAAGAAGAUUGAUGAUUUCCUCAAAAUAUUGGAAUCGUCCCGAGCGGAUGCCAACAUUGACUAUCGGGAUUUUGAAAGGGACCAGAUGCGCGCCUUGGACAUGUUGGCUGCGUAUUAUGUCCAAGAGGCAAACAAGGAGAAGUCCAAGGACAAAAAGAAAGAGUUGUUUACUAAGGCAACCCUUUUGUACACCAUGGCGGACAAAAUUAUUAUGUACGACCAAAACCAUCUCCUCGGCCGAGCAUACUUUUGCCUCCUGGAGGGGGAUAAAAUGGAACAGGCAGAUGCACAGUUCAACUUUGUGCUCAAUCAGUCGCCAAAUAAUGUCCCCUCGUUGCUCGGUAAAGCGUGUAUCGCCUUCAAUCGCAAGGAUUAUAGAGGUGCGUUGGCUUUCUAUAAGAAAGCAUUGAGAACCAAUCCGGACAGUCCUGCUGCAUUACGGCUUGGAAUGGGACACUGUUUUAUGAAAUUGAAUAACCAAGAGAAGGCGAGAAUGGCAUUUGAAAGAGCUCUUCAGUUGGAUCCUCAAUGUGUAGGAGCUCUUGUCGGGCUGUCAAUAUUAAAGUUGAACCUGCAAGAGAGUGAGUCUAACAAAAUGGCUGUUAUAAUGCUGUCAAAAGCUUAUGCCAUUGAUCCAAAAAACCCGAUGGUAUUGAACCAUUUGGCUAAUCAUUUCUUCUUCAAGAAGGACUACGCAAAAGUGCAACGCCUGGCUCUCCACGCGUUCCACAACACUGAGAACGAAGCGAUGCGUGCGGAGAGUUGUCACCACUUGGCGCGCGCCUUCCACGCGCAGGGAGACUGCGAUCAGGCCUUCCAGUACUACUACCAGGCCACGCAGUUCGCGCCGCCGAACUUCGUACUUCCACAUUACGGGCUCGGGCAGAUGUAUAUCUAUCGUGGUGAUGCUGAAAAUGCAGCACAGUGUUUUGAAAAAGUCCUCAAAGCUCAGCCAGGUAACUACGAAACGAUGAAAAUCCUGGGAUCCCUGUACGCUAACUCGCCAUCUCAGUCCAAAAGGGAUAUCGCACGGCAACACUUGAAGAAAGUCACAGAACAAUUCCCUGAUGAUGUCGAAGCUUGGAUAGAGUUGGCUCAAAUAUUAGAGCAAAAUGAUUUGCAGGGUUCACUAAACGCAUAUAGCACUGCAAUGAAGAUAUUAAAAGAAAAAGUGAAUGCAGAUAUUCCUGCGGAAAUAUUAAAUAAUGUGGCAGCCCUACAUUACAGACUUGGCAACUUGACCGAGGCUAUGAAGUAUCUUGAAGAAGCUCUUGAAAGAGAGAAGGCGGAUGCAGAAACACUUGAUUCGCAGUAUUACAACUCGAUUGCGGUGACCACAAUGUAUAACUUGGCAAGAUUGAAUGAAGCACUCUGCGUCUACAACAAGGCAGAGAAACUUUACAAGGACAUUUUGAAAGAGCAUCCCAAUUACAUUGAUUGUUAUUUGAGACUUGGGUGCAUGGCAAGGGACAAAGGUCAGAUUUACGAGGCCUCGGAUUGGUUCAAAGAAGCUCUGAAGGUUAACACGGAACACCCCGACACUUGGUCGUUGCUAGGCAACCUACAUUUAGCACAGCAAGAAUGGAGGCCGGGACAGAAGAAAUUCGAAAGGAUAUUACAAAAUUCAUCCACUGCCAACGACGCGUACUCCUUGAUAGCUCUUGGAAAUGUAUGGCUGCAAACCCUACAUCAACCGUGUCGCGAAAAAGAUCGUGAAAAGAGGCACCAAGAACGAGCGCUUACGAUGUACAAGCAAGUUCUUAAAACUGACCCAAAAAACAUCUGGGCAGCGAAUGGAAUCGGAUGUGUUUUGGCGCAUAAGGGCUGCAUUAAUGAAGCGCGUGACAUAUUCGCUCAAGUACGCGAGGCCACGGCGGACUUCCCCGACGUGUGGAUGAACAUAGCACACAUCUACGUCGAGCAGAAACAAUACAUUAACGCCAUCCAAAUGUACGAAAAUUGCAUCCGCAAGUUCCGCAUGCAGUAUGACGUGGAGUGGCUGACAUGGGUGGCGCGUGCGCACACGCUCGCGGGGCGCGCCGGCGCCGCGCGCGGGGCGCUCCUGCGGGCGCGACACGUGGCGCCACACGACCCCGCGCUCCUCCACAACACCGCUGUCACGCUGAGGCGCCGCGCCGCGCACGUGCUCAAGGACGAGCGCGGCGAGCUGCGCCACGUGCUGCGCGCCGUGCACGAGCUGCACGUCAGCCACAGAUACUUCCAACGCCUGGCGAAUCCAGAAGCAGAGGGCACGGAUAGCGCGGCGAGUGCGGAGGCGCGCGCCUGCGCGGACCUGCUGAGCCAGGCGCAGUGGCACGUGGCCCGCGCCCGGCGCCAGCACGACGAGGAGGUCACGCUCAGGGACAAGCAGCGCGAGCAACGCGAGGCCUUCCGCAAGCAACAGGAAGAAGAGCGUCGUCGUCGCGAAGAAGAACAGCAGAAGAGCACAGUGGAGAUGUUGCAGAAGCGUCAAGAAUAUAAAGAGAAGACGAAGAACGCGUUACUGUUUACGGAGAUGCCGUCGGAGGGCAAGCCGAAGGGCCGCGGCCGGCGACGCGACGAGUACGUCUCCGACUCGCCCGGCAGCGGCAGCGACCGCCCGGCGGACGAACGUCGCGAACCUAAGCAGAAGAAACGCAAGAAGGAGGGCGGAGAGGGUCGCAAGGGUAAAUCCCGCAAACGGAGGGAGCAGAGAGGCUCCGGCAGCGAUAGCGACCCGCCCAGGAAACGCGGCAGGAAGAAGGCAAGAGCCAAGGCGGCGGAAGAGAAGCUCAGCGCCAAACAGCGUGCGAAGAUCGUGUCCAAGGAGACCAUCUCCACUUCGGAAUCGGAAUCGGACAACAACUCCAGGAAGUCGCGCAGUCGCAGCCGCAGUGGCAGUAGGAGUGGUAGUGGCAGCAGGAGUCGCAGCCCACCAGCGAAUAAAGGAAGGAAGAGGAUCAUGUCGGCUUCCGAUAGUGACAGAUCCCGCUCCAGGUCGAAGAGUCAUUCGAAGUCGCGCAGUCGGUCGCGUUCUGGCUCGGCGAAGAGCCGAUCGCGGUCUAAAAGCCGGUCCCGAUCGAAAAGCAGGUCCCGGUCCAAGAGCAGGUCCCGGUCCAAGAGCAAGUCACGGUCCAAGAGCCGUUCUAGGUCGAAAAGCCGUUCGAAAUCCAAAAGUCGGUCCCGAUCGAAGUCUGGUUCAAGGUCACCAGCUAGAUCUAAAGGCAAAUCCCGGUCAAAGUCCAAAAGCGUAUCAAGAUCGCGGUCUAAAAGCGUAUCACGAUCGCGAUCGAGAUCUAAGAGCCGAUCCCGCAGCCGUUCCGGUUCAAGAGCGUCCCGUUCCCGGUCGCGAUCCCGUUCCGGUUCCCGGUCCCGUUCCGGAUCGAGGAAUUCCCGGCCAGAAACACCCGUGUCUAGAAAGUCUGUAUCGGCUAGCGAGGAUGAAGCAUAGAGUGUUAUGUAAAUAUAGAAUUAUAGGCAUGUUUCACCUUUAAGGUAAAUAGUUAGUAAUUUUGUUUAUAAUUCUGCAGAGACGUUUUAAUUUUAAACUCCCUAUAUUUUGACAAAAAGAUAUACUAAUUAUGCAGCAAGUGAGUAGUGCUGAAAUGACGCAGCGAAUACGAGCUAUUGUUACAAAAUUGUAGGGUCGGCAAAUCUUUGCAUUGGGCUUUGGGUAUUGGAUGUCUUGUAGUUCUCGACGCAUACGAUGCAAUACCAAGAUCUCUGUGGUCCCAACUACGAGCUAUGAUGGAAUUUGAUAAGAAAAUUAACAAACUGUGUUAUAAUUUGUUGUCACAACUGCCUACUUUUAUUAAUGUCAUAUUCUUUAAUAUAAAUUGUAUUAUUCAUUUAAAUACCUUCCAAUAGGAUUGAACACUUUUAUCCAAACUAAUGUUUCCCGUUUUCAAUGUCUCAUAUAUUCUGUUGCAUGCAAGUAAUUCUAUUUAUUCUUAUCUGUGAAUCUAUUAACUUCAUCCAUCUUUACAUUAAUAAAACGUCUGUCUAUGUGUCUUAACACGAUAAACUCAAAAAAUUUGGUAUGGAGAAACCAAACUCUAGAAACGAUAUAGCCUAUUUUAUAUUCCUGGAAAAUAUAUAGUCAUUUUGCGAUUACGUUACUGGAUGAAAUCAUAUACUGAUCUUCUUGAAAAUAACACUUAACAAUAAGUAAGUUAAGGUAACAACGAGUACGUGGAUUCAUUACUGGUGGUAAGUCUCUCAUAUGUCAGAGUCUGUCUGGGUAGGUACUACCGCAAUGUCCGUUUUUGCCGUCAAGUGAUUCGGUUUGAAGGACAUUGUAGCCAGUGUAACUAAUAAACAUAAUGUCUUAUACUUAACAUCUCAUUAAAUAUCAAAACAAUACUUUGAAUUCAAGGUGAUGGAUGGUGUUUCUACUGUUUAUGGGCGGUCGUAUCGCUUACCAUCAGGCGAACGACAAGCUCGUCUCGUCAUUAAAAGCAAUAAAAAAAAAUUGUGACGCAAUGUCAAAAUGACCCUGUAUAGCGGACAUGUGUAUUUACACUUUGAAGCUCGAUAGGAGUUAUAGUUGUGGCUAACUUUUAAUUUAGGGGCGGGGGUUUCACAUAGAUAAAUCUUAUAAUUCACCACAAGUACAUACAAGAAUAAGUACUUGUGUUAUCUAGGAUGGGGCAGCGAAUCCCCCGGCCCUCAUGUGUCUACACACAUGGCAAGACCUUCAGUCACUUUCCUAUUGUUAAAAUAUGGCUACAAGCUACUUGACAACUUUUGUUUUCAAAGAUCAAAACACGGCACGGUGUGGGUAGAGUGACUAAGUUGAGUCCGAUCAAAAAGAUUACGGACAAUGAUUUUUAAUCCGCCCAUACAGUAUUUUAUCACUUGUGUUCACUUUCCUAGCAUGUAUAGUAUUUUACAUAGCCUACCCAUAUCUAUUGCAAAACGAAUGUAAUUAUUGUUUUAUUUGUCGCUAGUGUUCCCUUAUAACAUUGUAUAAUUUUAUGUAAUAAAGUUGAUAACUAUUGAA